ACAUACACAAGCGAUAGUGAGAGGGAGAGAGAUUGAUAUUUCAAAGCUUGGAGAGCAAGUUCGGAUUGGUAGCAUGGCUGAGUGCAGAUGCCAAGUGUAGGGUGUUUAAUCAACUCUGAGUUAAUUUAACCCACCCCUAACUUUGACCCCCGGUUAACUUCAUCGGUCCUGCUUCUUUGCUUCUACAGUGGACUGCCUCCUCCCUUCCCCUCCCCCUCCCUUUUUUGGUAAACCACUUUUGGCUACCAAAUGCCACUUCUUCUUCUUCUUAUGCUUCUCCAAGUACUCCUCCUCCUCCUGCAUUCAACUAUCUCACCAUAAAAACCUCACAUGCAUUUAUUCAUUUUUUUUCAAGUCCACAGAAUAUCCAGAUCGAUGAAGAGGUACUCUAGUUUCUCUUGCUCUUCUUCUUCUUCUUCUUCUUCUUCUUCGUGCUCGGGGCCGGAGACUCCGAAGCACAACGUUCAAGCCGAGAUUCAGAAACUGAAACUGAAACCGAAACCGAAACCGAAACGCGUUCGAAAGAAGAGAAAAACCGCAGAAGCAGCAGUAGCAGCAGCAGACAAAUGCAAGAAUGGCAACACCCCAAAGUCAGGAACGGGAGGCAGAAGAAGCUCCAUUUACAGAGGGGUCACCAGGCACAGAUGGACCGGGCGGUUUGAAGCUCAUCUGUGGGACAAGAGUUCAUGGAACAACAUCCAGAACAAGAAGGGACGACAAGUUUAUUUAGGGGCCUAUGAUAGUGAAGAGGGUGCUGCUCGUACCUACGAUCUAGCUGCCCUUAAAUAUUGGGGGCCUGGUACAAUACUCAAUUUCCCGCUAGAAACAUACACAAAGGAAAUUGAAGAAAUGGAAAAGGCUACCAGGGAAGAAUACCUAGCAUCAUUGCGCCGGCUGAGCAGUGGAUUUUCGAGAGGAGUUUCAAAGUACCGCGGGGUGGCGAGGCAUCAUCACAAUGGGAGAUGGGAGGCGAGAAUCGGAAGAGUUUUCGGAAACAAGUAUUUAUACCUCGGAACUUAUAAUACACAAGAGGAGGCAGCAGCUGCAUAUGAUAUGGCGGCAAUAGAGUACAGAGGAACAAAUGCAGUGACCAAUUUUGAUAUCAGCAACUACGUUGAUAGAGUCAAGAAGAAAAUCCACCCUCUGGAUCAUCAAAAAUCAGAGGGUCAACAGCCUUCCAAUUGCUCGAACACUGGACCACACAAACAAGAAGAAGAAGUCGAAUGCAAAGUGCAGCAAUUGCUACCACAACAGCAGCAGCAACAACAAGAACAAGAACAACGCAAAGUGCACCAAUUGCAACCGCAACAACAGCAACAAGAACAAGAACGAAUGAUUUACCCUCAUCUGCUGCAUUGCAUGGAAAGCAAUACAAUGGAGCAAGUAAUGGAUCGUGAUCAUGCAGAGGAGCACCAGUUUAGUUGGAACUUUUUGGACACCGGAAUGAUGACUCAGCAGGUUCCGGUUCCCGAUGACAUCCCUCUUGACAACAAGUCGUUGGAGUUACCGGACUCGUUCGAGGACUUGGGGUUCGAAGAGAAUUUUGACUUGAUAUUUGGUGCAACUGAUGAUGGCAGUUUGGGUGGCUUGAUGGAAUCUGCUGGGUGUGGGGUGGAUCAGGUGGGUGUGGAUGUGGGUGUCCCAGGAAACUUGGAGGAUAAUGGGUCUUCUUUUUCUCCAUCAUCAACAACUACCUCUCUUUCUUUGUAACUUAUUGUGUUUGAACUUGGA